AUGGAGGAGUUUAGAACGGUGAUUGAUGAAUGUCGGUUGAUUGAUUUUUGUUCUUCUAAAACGGACCUUACGUGGUGUAAUGGACAUGAGAUGAACCCGGUUAUGGAAAGGUUAGAUAGGGCUUUGUGCAAUGAGGAAUGGCUACGGGCUUUUAAUGGCGCUGAUGUCAUGGUGUUGGAUUGGUGGGAAUCGGAUCAUAGACCGUUGGUUGUGGAUAUGCCGAUUGAUACUGAAAGAGAAUGGUGCGGUAAAGUGAAACGGAAGAGUCACUUCUACUUUGAGGAAGCAUGGUGUGAAGAGCCUGAAUGUACGGAGAUAGUGGAGAGGACUAGGAAGGUGGGGGCGGCUUUACAUGGUUGGAAUAAAAAGAAGAAGAGGACACUACAAGAGAAAACGAACAAGCUGAAAAAGGCUAUCUCGGAAUUAUCAUCUCGGCAAGACGCUAAUACAUGGGGGGAAUUGAAAACAUUAGAGAAACAGUUAAAUGUUGUGCUUGAGAAAGAUGAGAAAUAUUGGCGGCAACGAAGUCGGGCAUUAUGGCUUAAAUGGGGUGACUUGAAUACGAAGUAUUUUCAUCGAAAAGCCUCGGCUAUGAGGAAGAAAAAUGAGAUCAAAGGAUUGAUGGAUAGUAUGGGUAUUUGGCAGACAGACAUUGGUAUGAUCAGGAAGUUAGUGGAAGAUUAUUAUGGAAGCCUUUUCUCAGCUUCUUCCCCUCAUAUGGAUCAGGUAGAGGAGGUUUUAAGGAGAGUUAGGCCUAAAGUUACAAAUGACAUGAAUGGGGAAUUAGUGAGACCGUUUGUAGCUGAAUAG